GUUCUUUCUUCCUUCGUUUUAUGUGACACCAGAGUGACAGAAAUCCUCGCCGGUUCAGAUCAGCAGCCACCUCACCAUCACUUUGCCCCAGAGAUCCCAGGACCGCUGAGGAAGAAGAUGCUGAGGAGAAGGCCUUCUAAUGCCUCGGAGAAAGAGCAGGUGCAGAAGAAGAAGCUCAGCCUGCAAAGGUCCAGCAGCUUCAAGGAUUUUAUGAAGCACAAACCCACGUCUCCUGUUGUGCCAGAUAAGGAGUUUACCUUGGAGGAGACGGUGUCAGAAGGCGUCGUAGCGGAGGAUGCUGUGAAGAGUGGCAGCAAGCUGGGCAAAAAAUGGCGCAAUGUCAUCUCGCGUACCAUGACCCGCAAAACAUCCAAGAUGGUGCAGAGGGCCCUGGCUGAGGAGGGGGGGGAAAGUGGGGAGGAGAGUUCCCUCUCUCCUGUCACUGAUGGCCUUCCAGAUCUGCGUGCAGGACAGCGAACAUCCGUGUGCUCCUCAGGAUCAGAGGACACCAUGCCCAGCCCCAUCAGCCGCCAGCUGUCUGGCAGUAGUGACAGACAGAGCUUGGACAGUGGAUACUGCCAGAGGGACAGCAUGAGACUGGAGGAGAAUGGUCUCUCUCACAAUGGUCCCUUUUGUGGUCGUGCUGUGGUCCACACUGACUUCAUCCCCAGCCCCUAUGAUGUGGAGUCGCUAAAACUCCAAAAAGGUGACAUCAUCCAGAUCAUUGAGAAGCCCCCAGUGGGGACCUGGACAGGGAAGCUCAACAACAAGGUUGGCACCUUCAAGUUCAUCUACGUCAACAUUUUGCCUGAUGAGAGCCCGCCGGUCAGGAGGAGACGCUGCCAUAGCAAGGGCAACCGGAACAAAGCUAAACCCAAAACCCUGGAGGAAGUGCUGGAGAGCUUGGACCUGACUGAGCUGAGCUCUUUGCUGUCCAUGCAUGGUUUCCAAAGCCUGGAGGAUUUUGGAGGGCUGAAGGAGUCUCACCUCAACGAGCUAAACAUCACUGACCCAGAUCAGCGCAGCAAGAUCCUGAACGCCAUUGAAAUGCUAAGAGACUCUGAAGAUGAAACAAACCCAGACGAGGAGGGCGAAUCCGGGGACAACACCAAGGAACCGAGGGAUUCAGGCUGUUUUGAGAGCUCAGAGACCCUGGAGACGGGACAUGAGGAACCAACGGUAGAGGAGGAGCUGGAGAAAGAACGUGAGGAACCAACGGUGCAAGAGGAGCUGGAGAACAGACGUGAGGAACCAACAGUGCAGGAAGAGAUGGAGAACAGAAGUGAGGAACCAAUGGUGGAAGAGGAGCUGGAGAAAGGAUGUGAGGAACCGAUGGUGCAGGAAAAGCUGGAGAACGGACAUGAAGAAACAACAGUGGAGGAGGAGCUGGAGAAUGGACAUGAGGAACCUACGGAGCAGGAAGAGCUGGAGAACGGACGUGAAGAACCAACGGUGAAAGAAGAGAUCCAUGAGCACGACGUGCCGGAGGAGCAGAACCAAGAGUCAGAAAGGCAAGACCAGGAAUCAGAGGAGCAAGAGGAGAAGCAAACAGAGCAACUGGAAUCUGUGCAGGAGCAGCUGCAGGAGCUGACAGUGGAUGAAGGCUCCUGAGAAGUGAGGGUGAAAACAGCGGAACAGGAUUUCAGCUGAUGGAUAUAUAGCGCCGUUAACAAAGAGCUCUAGCUCUUCAUUACAGCAGAGUACAGAAAUGGUGGAACUGUAGCGUAAGCAUCAAACAUCGACAAGGAAUGGUGUCUUUUCCGUUUCCUCAUUUGCAGAACUGAAGGCUUGUAUCCUCUGUGAUCCAAGUUAACUUACAUAUUAAGGCUGGGAAUCAGACCUGAGUUGUGCAGGUUGAACGAUUUCUAUUGAUCUCUCACAUCUGAAUGCUGUGUUUUGAAUUUAUUAUGUCAUCGCUGUUGGAUGAAAAAUCUGAUAACUCCAGUUUGGGGUUUUGGGUCUUGAAAAGUUGACAUUUUGGAGAAACAUAUGUGUAAUGUAUUAACAGAAAUAUUGCUUAAUACUUGAUCCUCUCUCAGAGUUUUAACAGUGUAAAGUGUCUUGUUUGUGAUUUUUAUGUUCAAACGUUUAAAGUUUUCCCUCUCUUCAUUAUGUGCAACGUUUUCAUCCCUGUGCAUCUUAAAAGUCUACUGUAUAUUAUAACAUCUAUUGGAACUAUGAAUGUAAACUGUUUCCAGUUGUCAUCUGUGCCCUGUUUUGACAUUAUUGGUCCUUUACUGGUGUGGCUAUUUGUACAUAAAAAGGGCUCGUUUGUCGUCUGAGCUGACAAUCCUGCUUUGCUUCAGUUACGACCUUUUACACUGCGUUCUGUUUUGAAGUGCAUUAGUUUGAUUUUUGUAACGUUUUCUGCAUGAGUACGUUUGAGUGUCAACUGUGCUGUAAAUAGACGCAUUUGAAUAAAACAUCAUUCAGUGA